ACUUGAUUUUUUGGUUGAAAUAUGAAUAUUACUUGAUUUUCUCUUGCCUUUUGACAGAGAGAAGAAAACAUGGAUGGAAACCUAUUGGCCUUGUACAUGCUAGAGUAUAUAUUAUGGGUGAAAUGCAUAAUAUUGCAUUUCUUGACGAAUUUCUUUAAAUGCUAGUAAAUUAAUUUCUGAGAAAUGAAGGAGAGAAGUGUGAAGAAAGGAGAGGGUUCUUUUCAAGCAUCAAUUCAAAGAAAGGCCACUCUGUCACACUUGCAACUAUAUGUGCCAAGGCAUUGUCCUCAAACACAGAAGGGAUAUGGAUUGAAAAGCAAAGAUUGGAAAAGUGAGUAUUAUUUCAUGAUGGUUGUGCAUUUUCUUGUGAGUUCUGGACUACUACAUGAUGUGCUGCUGCCUUCUUUUGCAUUAUGAUAAAGCUGGGAUAAAAUCAAACUCUCUGAUGACAAAGAUUAGCUGCUGAUAGAUUGCAAUUUCAGACUUCAUCAAUAUGACAGAAGCGAAAAAUGGCCUCCCAAGUUGGUGAGAAGUAUCGCAAUGGUGCAGAGAUCUACAACGGAGAUGCACUCUGUAAGAAGAAAUCCAUUGAGUUGUUAGAAGAAAUCGGCCUUCCAAAUGGGCUCUUCCCUCUUGAAGACAUUGAAGAGUUUGGAUUUAAUCGCGGCGAAGGCUUCAUUUGGCUCCUUCAGAAAAAGAAGAAGGACCACAAUUUCAAGAAAAUUAAGAGAGCGGUAUCAUAUGCUCAGGAAGUCACAGCUUUUGUUGAAAAAGGUAAGAUGAAGAAGAUGACUGGAGUGAAGACCAAAGAGCUUAUGUUAUGGCUCUCUGUCGUUGAGAUGUACAUUGAGGACCCUUCUUCUGGGAAGAUCACCUUCAAGACUGGCACCGGGCUCUCUGACAGCUUCCCAUCUUCUGCUUUUCAACUUGAGUAGUAGUAGAAUUGCUGAGAAUGUCUUGAAACACUAGAGGAGUGCAUUAGUUUUUCUUUGUAUCUUCAUUCAAUAAGCUUUGUGCAAGAAUAAAAAUUACAACUCUGUUUUGCUAAAA